CUUUUCGAGUAAUUACAAUACAAUCGGGGCCUUACAAGGCUUUCCCCUUUAUUCAUCUUACUCUCUCAUUGUAUCAACAAUACAUUGCGUGAGUAUAGAAGAAUCCGUUAGUUUAUCAGACCCAGCAAUCAUCGCUGGCGUUGCUCUCGCCAACGUUCUUACUUUACAUGAUUGUCUCUCUUUUUGAACUGAGCCAUGGCCCGAGUUCGCAAGGCAACCGGUCCUACCCGGAAGGGAGCGACCGAAACGGUGCCGGAGGAGCGAGUGGAAGAAGAAACGCCCUUUGAGGCCGUUGAGUCGCCGUCCAAGGACAGUGACAAUGAGACGCAACCAUCGUCCAUGGGCGAUGAUGAUGACUCACAGUCUGAGAUCGAGUCGUACAAGAUUGAUACCGACAUUGAUUUCAAGUACAACCCAAACUUUUUUGAGGACAAGAAAGCCCUUGAAAGUGUUCUAAGGAAUACUAUGGGAUUUGGAGAUAUCCAUGUGAAGUCACUCCAAAACGAAGGUUUGAAGACCGCAAAUGAUUUCUUGCUUAUUUCUAUGAGUGACAUCAAUGAUCUUUGCGACAAGCUUUUGUUUGCAACAGUUUACAGGGCUCGCCUACGGGCAUUUGCUACAUGGUUACGUAGUCAACCUGACAACGUAAAUAUUACCCAAGAAUGGACAAUUCCAGUUAUGCAAUUGGAAAUGCAGAUGAAGGCGCAAGCGUCUCCAUUUGGAACCUCCGAGACCAACAAAACAGACAAGUCAGUCUCCAGUCUGGUGCCUGAUCCCUUUGAUGGUACACAGAAGAAGUGGCUCGCCUUUCGAUACAUUUUUGAGGCAUGGGCCGGAGCAAGUGGGCAAUCUUUUGAUGCCUGCAUCUCACAUGACUCGGAGCGAUAUUCCCGUUCAGAACCAACAGCGACCUCUAAUGACAUCAAUGACGAACCUGAUUCAUUUAAAUAUGACUGGAACGUUAAGUCAGUUCGCAAUUCAAACAUCUUUUUUAUGCUCAAGUCGCUCACAAGCGGCGGAGAUGCAUGGGGCCUUAUCGAACCUUACGAGGUUUCAAAAAAUGGCCGUCAUGCCUGGAUUGCCUUGUGUGCGUUCUAUGAAGGGGCCAGUCAGGUGGGCUUAACCACAGAAGAAGCUCGCACUACAAUUCUGACAUCGAAGUAUACCGGACAAUCCCGGAACUUCACUUUUACCAAGUAUGUUCAAAAGCAUCUUACUGGUAACAACAUAUUGGCUCGCAACAAAGAGGCCUACACGGACGCACAGAAAACAAACUUUUUCCUACGGGGAAUUGUUGAUCCUGAACUUAUGGCAUUCAAGGCAGCUGCUGAAGCUAACCUAAAUGAAUGGAAGUUCGAACGCGUAGUCACGUACAUGCGUACUCAAGCCGCCAAGCUCACGAGCAAGGACGGUAAGGAUUCCCGAAACAUUCGUCAGGCUACGGGCUUGUCGAAAAACAGGAACAACAAAAACAACCGGCGCAAGCGCUCGGAAUACCAAAGCCAAGGCAAAGGUAAUAAAGAGUCGGGCAAAGGAAACAAUGCUCCUAGUACUCAACUCCGCAAGGACAUCUGGGAUGAAUUGUCUCCCGAGAUAAAGGAUGCCAUCAAAGCGGCAAAGCGUAGAGCGUCUACGGACCCGCGCACGGCUAAAAGAGCCAAGACUAGUAGUACGGAUAACUCUAACGCAAGCGUUGAGUCCUACUUGCCUGAUUUAAGGUCAAUGUCUACUGAAAUAUUUAAAGCAGAUGAUGACAAGGACUUGGCUUCAGGCCAGCCUGAGGCGAAAGAUACACCACUUCAUUUGGAACUUGAAGAUACGCUUAAGAAACCUACAUAUGGAGCAGGUACCCUAUUUGGGCGAUCUGCUGACAGGGUCUCCUUUAAUCGUAUGGUAUGCAGUUCAGAAGAAAACAAAGUCACUCCUUGGCGCAUGUCAGAACUACGGCUUGCGGAUGCAACAAUAAGACGCAUUUGUAAGAAUCGCACACGAAAUCCUACCGGCCGUUCAACAUGGGGCGAAGCUGCCAUUGAUACUGGUGCCGACACAAUUUGCAUUGGUUCAGGCUAUACUGUACUUGCCCAUACAGGUCGAUAUGUGAGUCUGCGAGGUUUUCAUGACAGUGGUGAUACUCUUGAUCGAAUUCCAGUUGUGACGGCUGCUACAGCAUAUGACUACGAUGACGGAACCACCAUUAUUCUGGUUUUCCAUGAAGCUUUGAAUCUUGGGCCUACACAGUCCACAUCUCUCAUCAACUUGAAUCAGAUUCGGCACGCCGGACAUCAGACUGAUGACAUUCCGAAGUUUUUAUCCCAAGGGAAAUCUUUUCACGGAAUUGAAACAAUUGAUGGCGACUACAUUCUUUUUGAAUUGAAGGGACGCACAUCAUUGUUGUACUCACGAGUACCUACUCGCCAUGAGCUUGAGAACUGCCUGCACAUUGAUCUUACAUCUGAUCAACCCUGGGAUCCAAACAGCAAAGACUGGGAGGAUAAUGAGCAGCGCUACACGCGUCAUGACCGACAACGGAAUGCACGCUAUACCGCAACUGAUAAUGCGGAUGAGGAGAACUUUUACCAUGGGUAUUUCUCUCUCCCUGACUCUAAGGAGUUCCCGGUUCUACCGGCAAACAAUAAUGUUAUGAACCCACAUGAUGUCGUACGCGAGAUCAAAUAUGCUACUGCACGGGUUUCAAAAUCUAGCCCACGGGAUCUAGAUGUCGAUCGAGACAAACUUCGCCGCAUCCUGGGUCAUGUUCCUAUGGAAGUAGUUGACCGAACACUGGAAGCUACAACACAACUUGCGGAACGCUCUGGCAAAAUGCUACUGCAUCGACGUAGUUUGAACAAUUGCGAUACCGCCGGUUGA